UGUUAUGUCAACUGGUAAAACGUCAUCAUUCUCUCAAUUUCACCACCUUAUCCACUCUAAUCACCUUGAGCACGUGUUUCGAAAUGUCAAACAAUAGCGCAAUCACAACAAUUCUUUUGCAAAGCCGGUGGGUUGCGAAAUUAGUGCAGCGUUGCGACAAAUUAAUCCUGCUCAACUCACGAUGGACGAUGGGAUAUGCCAUAUAAAACCUGAGUAUCUUAUUCCACGCACUGUCGAGAGACCGGUCGAACAUGUGGAAAGCAUACCGAAAAAAGACGAUACCGUCAACAACAAUGGUAAUGCGAACGAUGCUAACGAGCCACCGGAAAAGAAAGGUCGCUUUGAAAGCAACGCUGGUGAAGGCCAUGGAAAGCGAAAGAAAAACCGGGGUCAAAACAAAUCGCGUGGAUUACCGUUCAAGGAAGAGGAUGCAUUAAGGUUGUGCAAAUCUUUACUCGAUGGAAAUAUGGGGGAAAAUGCUGCCAAAAAGUGUAGCAACACAAACUGCCGCUUUUCGCACGAUCUUGACAAAUUUUUGCAGCUGAAACCGAAGGACAUUGAUGGAAAGUGUUACAUCUAUACGACAAAGGGCUAUUGCAGCUUUGGCGUAACUUGUCGGUUUGCCGGUGCGCAUCUGGAUGAUAACAAUAGGAAUAUUUAUCCGGAAGAUUUUAAACACGAUAAUGCAAUGCUUGUAUCGACGUGGUUGAAUCCUGAUCUGCAGCAUACGUUACGAAAAAAGCAAUAUAACUUCAGUGUAUCGAACAAAUUCGUCAGUAAGUUCGAGCGACUUCUGGGGGAGGAAAGAAGUGAAAAAGCUAACUUAACAUCAGCCCAGGAAAAUGUUGACGAAAAGGACAAUAGUGUGCAGAAGCCAUCAUCGGACCAAAUCAUCAAACCGCUAGGCUCCGUAAUGGACGAAGACAUGAUCAAGCUUCGCAGUGCAGAACGGAAGCGUAUCGUAUUCCGCGAUAAGCUUUACCUCAGUCCACUGACCACGGUUGGGAACCUUCCGUUUCGGCGCAUUUGCAAAGAGUACGGUGUCGAUAUAACGUGCGGUGAAAUGGCAUGUGCCAUACCGAUCAUUAGCGGUGCCACCCAAGAAUGGGCCCUAACGAAGCGUCAUUCGAGCGAGGAUUUGUUCGGGGUGCAGCUGUGUGGUCACAAUUCGAAACUAGUCGCUAGCGCGGCCCAAAUCAUCGCCGAAAAAGCCGACAUUGACUUUAUCGACCUGAACACGGGCUGUCCAAUUGAUCUUAUCUUCAACCAGGGCGGUGGUAGUGCGCUGCUGCGCCGCCAAAAUGUGCUGCAAGUGAUGGUGCAGAGCUGUGCGCGUGUGUUGGCUGACUACGGGAAAGAGUUUACAGUGAAAACGCGUAUCGGCAUCUACACCAACAAGCUCAUCGCUCACGAAAUGGUUCCGAAGUUUGAAGAUUGGGGUGCCAGCUUGAUCACGAUCCAUGGACGCACGAAGGAACAGCGGUACACGAAGCGCGCCGACUGGGAAUACCUGCAGCAAUGUGCUUCACAGGCCCAAUCGGUACCGGUGUUUGGCAAUGGGGAUAUAUUCUGCUACGAUGAUUAUGAAACCAUUCGCGAGAAGUGUCCCAACAUAGCGGGAGUGAUGGUGGGCCGUGGAGCACUCAUUAAACCGUGGGUGUUCCAGGAGAUUAAGGAACGGAAAACGCUCGAUCCAUCCAGCGCGGAACGGUUCGAAAUGUUGAAGCGUUACGUCAACUAUGGGCUCGAGCAUUGGGGUAGCGAUACGAAGGGUGUGGAAACAACGCGACGCUUUCUACUUGAGUGGCAAUCGUUCCUCUAUCGUUAUGUACCGUACGGAUUGCUGGAAAGGCCACCGCAGCGCAUCAACGAACGUCCGGACGCGUAUCAUGGUCGGGAUGAUUUAGAAACCCUGAUGGCAUCAGCAAAUUGUAACGAUUGGGUUAAGUUAAGUGAAAUGUUGCUUGGACCCGUUCCGGAAGGAUUUAACUUUGUGCCCAAGCACAAAGCCAAUGCCUACUGAGAGGAGCAGAUGGAUGACAUGAUGUGAGCAGAAGUGAGAUUGCAUUAAUGUAAACUUUGUAAAUAAAAAGUUGUGAACAUGAACUAACAUA